UGUGUACUUGGGCUCACUGCGCCACUAGCGGAAGCACGAGUGUGUUUACUGCGAUGUGACACGUGACUAACUAGAAAAGAAAGUGAAAGAGUAUGAAACGAAGAGACGCCAUUUCAAGGGUUUAAACCUGCAAACACUACAUAUUUAAAUCGUAUUUUUUAUGUGAUGAGAGGACGUGAAGAGACAGAAGAUUAGGACGUUUCCUCUAAAAUGAGUCAACAAGAGAAGAGAGAAGAGGACACUGCCUCUAAAAUAAGCUGUGAUCAACCCACGAAGAGUCAGCCCUCUGCCUUCAGUGAAGCAGAAAUGACCUCUGAACCCAACAUCACAAGGAGCAAGAAACAGAGAUCUCCAGAACCCAGCAGUGUGUCUGUGAAGAGUGACAGGUCCAUGAACAGACCCCCUGCAUUCAGUGAUUUAUCGCUGCAUUCAGACCCCCUGCAUUCAGCAGCAGUGACCUCUGACUCUCUGGUCAAAAUGCAUGACACAGAUGCAAUUAGCUCAUCUUCUACAUCCCACUCUCAGACCCACAUCAGAGAUGAAAGAACUGAAGCAGACCUACAGAAACACACACUGGAGACUGGAGAGCUGCAGAGAGUCAAAGACCAGCACAAAACCAGAAUGAAGAUCAAGUAUGAGAGAUUAUUUGAGGGAAACAAAUUCCAACAGAAUGAAACCCUCCUGAACAGGAUCUACACACAGCUCUACAUCAUAGAGGGAGAGAGUGAAGGAGUGAAUGAAGAACAUGAGGUUUUACAGAUGGAGAAAACAGCCAGAACAAAACACUCACAAGACACUCCAAUCGACUGCAAUGACAUCUUUAAAGCCUCAGCUGAACCAGGAUAUGAAGAGAAAGACCAGAUCAAGACUGUUCUUACUAAAGGCAUCGCUGGAAUCGGAAAAACCGUCUCUGUGCAGAAGUUCAUUCUGGACUGGGCCGAGGGAAAAGCCAAUCAGGAUGUAGAUUUCAUGUUUGUGCUUCCAUUUCGAGAGCUGAACUUGAUCCGAGAUCAUCAGUACAGUCUUCACAGACUUCUGCUGGACUUUCAUCCUGAACUUCAAGAUCUGGACUCACAGAUUUAUGAGGAGUGUAAAGUUGUGUUCAUCUUUGAUGGUCUGGAUGAAAGCAGAAUCACACUGAUGUUUUCAGACACUCAGAAAGUUUGUGAUGUGACUGAGACUUCAUCAGUGGCUGUGUUGAUGUCAAAGCUCAUGAAAGGAGAGCUGCUUCCCUCUGCUCUCAUCUGGAUCACCUCCAGACCAGCAGCAGCCAAUCAGAUCCCCUCCGAAUACAUCCACCGUCUGACAGAAAUUCAGGGAUUCACUGAGCCUCAGAAGGAGGAAUUUAGGAAGAGAAUCAGUGAUGAGCAUCAGGCCAGCAGAAUCAUCUCUCACAUCAGAAGAGCAAAAAGCCUCCACAUCAUGUGUCACAUACCCGUCUUCUGCUGGAUCUCAUCCACUGUGCUUCAGAAGCUCCUGGAAGAAGAUCUGAGUGCAGAAAUCCCUCAAACUCUGACUGAAAUGUACAUCCACUUCCUGCUGAUUCAGAUCAACAUGAGGAAGCAGAAGUAUGAAGAGAGAGAUUCAGAGAAACUCCUGCAGUUCAACAGAGAAGUGAUUGUGAAACUUGCUGAAGUGGCUUUCAAACAGCUGAUGAAGGGCAAUGUGAUGUUCUCUGAGGAGGACCUGAUUGAGAGCGGCAUAGACAUCACUGAUGCCUCAGUGUAUUCUGGGAUUUGCACUGAGAUCUUUAAGGAGGAAUCUGUGAUUCAUCAGAGAAAAGUCUACAGCUUCAUUCAUCUGAGUGUUCAGGAAUUUCUUGCUGGUUUCUAUAUGUUUUACUUACAUGUGGCCAAGAUCAAGGAACCAUUGCAUGUUUUUUUGAAUGAACGUCCUAGGGGAAAACAUUCUAAGAAAUAUACUCUGUGUGAGCUGUUGAGAACAGCAGUAGAUAAAGCCCUAAAUAGUAAAAAUGGCCAUCUUGAUCUGUUCCUGCGGUUCCUGUUGGGCAUCUCACUGGAGUCCAAUCAGAGACUCUUAAAGGAUCUACUGACACACACAGAGAACAGCUCAGAGAGCAUCAGCAGAACUAUUACUUAUAUUAAAGCCAUCAUUAAAGACAUGAGAACUUCUCCAUAUAAUCUCUCCACUGAAAGAUCCAUCAAUCUGUUUCUCUGCCUGCUGGAAGUGAAAGAUCAGACUCUGUCCAGAGAGAUUCAAGAGUUUGUGAAAUCAAAUAAACACCCCAAAACUGAUGUCUCUGCUGCUCACUGCUCAGCAAUCUCCUACAUGCUUCAGAUGUCAGAGGAGCCGCUGGAAGAGCUGGACCUCAAGAAAUACAACACAUCAGAUGAGGGGAGAAGAAGACUAAUACCAGCUGUGAACAACUGCAGAAAAGCUGUACUUGCUGUCUGUAAAAUUACUGCUCAGGAUUGUGAAAUUGUAUCAUCAGCUCUACAAUCCUCAGACUCUGUUUUAAGAGAGCUGGAUCUGAGUAACAGUUACCUACAGGAUUUAGGAUUGAAACUGCUCUCUGAUGCACUGAAGAGUCCAAACUGUCAGCUGCAGAUACUGAGAUUGGUGCUCUGUAAUCUCACUGCUCAGUGUUGUCAGAGUUUGUCACCAGCUCUAAAAUCCUCAAACUCCAUCCUGAAAGAGCUGGACCUAAGUAACAAUGACCUGCAGGACUCUGGUGUCUGCAUUUUGUCUGAUGCACUGAAGAGUCCACACUGUAAAGUUAAAAAGUUGAGAUUGGCCAUGUGCAAUCUCACUAGCCAGUCAUGUGGAACUGUGCAAUCAGCUCUACAAUCCUCAGACUCUGUCCUGACAGAGCUGGAUCUGAGUAACAAUGACCUGCAGGAUUCAGGAGUGAAGCGGCUCUCUGAUGCACUGAGGAGUUCAAACUGUCAGCUGGAGAAACUGAGGUUGUCCGGCUGUAUGGUGACAGAGGAAGGCUGUGGUUAUUUGUCUUCAGCUCUGAGUUCAAACCCCACACACCUGAGAGAGCUGGAUCUGAGCUACAAUCACCCAGGAGAUUCAGGAGUCCAGCUGCUCAACAACAAACUCCAGGAUCCAAACUGUAAACUGAAGAUACUCAAUGUGGAGUAUUGUGGAGAGAUGAGGAUAAGAGCAGGACUGCAAAAAUAUGCAUAUAAUUUCACACUGGAUCCAAACACAGCAAACACUCAUCUCAUUCUAUCUGAGGGGAAGAGACAGGCGACACAUGUGGAUAAGAAACAGCCAUACCCUGAUCAUCCAGACAGAUUUGAGCACUAUCCUCAGGUACUGUGUGAAGAGAGUCUGACUGGACGCUGUUACUGGGAGGUUGAAUGGAGCGGGGGUGAGGCUGAUAUAUCAGUCACAUAUAAAGGAAUCAGCAGGAAAGGAAGGAGUAAUGAAUGUGUUUUUGGGUACAAUGAAAAUUCCUGGAGGUUGGAGUGUACCCAUGAUAAAUGUACAUCCUGGCACAAUUUCAAGAGCACCAUCUUAUCCGUCCCUUCAGCCCGCUCUAGUAGAUUAGGAGUGUAUGUGGAUGUGUCGGCCGGCACAUUGUCCUUCUACAGGGUCUCUGACACACACACACUCACACACUUACACACAUUCAACACCACAUUCACUGAACCCCUCUAUGUUGGAUUUAGCCUGAGUAAAUGCUCAGUGUCUCUGGGUCAUUUUAAAUAACCUCUAAUGAGGGGCAGGUGUGGCAAAAAAAAAAAAAAAAAAAUGAUGCAUAAAUAGGGUUGCACAAUUUAUCUAAACAUAAUUAUCAUCAUGAAAGUUUCAUUAUUUCCAUUGCAUCUGAUGUUCCUAUUGACAAUGUAAUUUUUCAGUUUUGUAAUUUAAUCAUCGAGCAUUGUAGCCAAUCACAGACACAUAUAUUGAACAUAUUAAUGCAAGAAGGGUUUAAAUAAAAAAUAUGCUCAAACAAACAAACAAACAAAAAAAAACGUUUUAUUCACUAUGAACAGUUUCCAAGAUCUGCAAGUAAAAAAUAAUAAAAAAAUACUCAUAAAAAACAAGGUGUAUAAAUUAUGUAACUAGAGACACACUUUGAUUUUGACUUGAGAAAGCCUGAAAGUUUGGAUUUGUUUCAACAGAUUUAAGUCAGAUAGAUGUGAGGCACAGCCUUUUUUUUUUUUUUUUUUGGUGAAGAGCAGUGCGCUGCAGUUUUA